ACAAGUAAUUAAAAGUACAAAUGAUUCAUUUAUUUUCUCUCCCUCCAAUCGCCUCACUUCCAAUUUUCUUCUUCUCCCCUCUCUCGACCUUUUUUCGUCUUUAUAUUUACAAAAUUGUACGACGGCCCUCGAUAUCCCAUCUCUCCUACAAACCUACACUCAUCCAAAAUCCGAUGCGACUCUGCUUCCGUCCCGAGAAAGAUGACCGAUACGAGCGCAGGCGAUGGUCCGGGAGAGAUCAUGCUGUACAGCGUCAGAGUGGUGCUUGAUUCAAUAAGUCUCAACAAUCUCACUCAGUAUGAGCAGCCUCCUGCUCUUGCUGGGGCCAAUGACGACGACGACGGCGGCGUCGGGAUGGACAACGGGGAAGGGGAGAAGGAUACUCAUGAUAUUAAGGAAGACGUUGUCGCCGCCGGUUACGGCUCUGCUGAUGACGCGGUUCAUCACUCCUCUGCUCCGAGCGCAAGCGAGGUAUUAUUGCUUGCCUUGUCUUUCUUCCUCCUCAAGUUUCUCUCUGUUCUGACUGGAAUCGAGUGAGCUGAUUGAUUCGACGCUUUGAAGUUCGAAUU